AUGUCUAAUGUUGUUCAAAAGGGGGAGGAAGAAGAAGAACACCCGUUACAAACUGGAUGGUCAUUAUGGUAUGAUAAGAAAAUGCCCAAGAAGAUUGACGUUGGAACGUACCAGUCAAAUUUGCAAAAGAUUGCCAUUUUCAGCACGGUGGAGGAUUUUUGGCGCCACUAUAUUCACGUGAAGCGUCCAUCGCAGCUGAACCGAGAUGUGAAUUUAUACUUGUUCCGUGACCAAUCCAACUGCGCUCCGAUGUGGGAAGCAUUCCCGCAGGGAGGUUGCUGGAUUUUAAAGAUCAAGAAAAAAGCCAAUGUGCUUGGAAAGAUGUGGCAAGAUUUGGUUUUUGCUGCCAUUGGUGAGGCCUUUGAGCAGCUGGAUGUCGUGGGCAUUGCCGUGGCCAUCCGCUCGAAAGAAGAUAUGCUGUCCGUUUGGAAUGCCGACAAUUCAGAUGAUAGCACGCGCUUUGCUAUCGGAGAAAAGCUGAAGGAAAUCCUCAUGCUAGACUCUAAUACGUUGGUGGAGUACAAGUUUCACGCAAACUCUAUCCGGGACAUGUCGACCUUUCGCAACGCGAAGCCGUACGUAUUUGCUGCUGCGACGCCAGUUUCAACCAAUUAA